AUGUCAUUAAUCAUAAUCAACAACAGCAACAACUACUCAAACAGCAGCAACAGGCACUCAAACUACAGCAAGCUCAGCAACAGCAACAGCUACAAGCUCAACAGCAACAACAACAACAACAACAACAACAACUUCUCCACUACUACCAUCACCACACCCACCGUCAUCGAACGCAAACUUAAUCAUCCCCUACCACUUGAAACACACGAUCAUGCACGAGUCAAUCGCAAGAUACUCGAUCUAGAGAUCAGUAAUGCUUCCUUGUUGGCCAUCAAUGGGGCCUUGGAACGGACCAAAGUCAAGCAACAGAACGAGAUCAGGAGUCUCAAACGAACGAUCAAUGCUGCCAGCUCUCAAGCCGGCCAGUCCAACCACAACCUGCUUCCACUGCCCGAUGGCUCCGAAACAAGUAGCUCUUCUUCCUCCAAUUCGACCCUCCUCAACCAUCCAUUCUUGGGCCCUGAAGAUCAGCUGCAGGACGGGGGAGACGAGAAGGACGAGGAUCUGGCGAUCGAACGGUUGAUGGAUAACGACCCCCUGUUCUCGGAGCUCGUCAAGUCUAUCGAGUGGUUGAUGGACAGUGCUACUAAAGCUAUCCAUCAUACUCCGGCUUCUCCCCCUCCUUCUUCUUCUUCUCAAACUACUGAUCCUGCUACAACCACAUCGAUAAACAAUCAACUGCUCGACUCAAACAUUCAUCGCACUUCGUCUAGUGCUAUCGGCAAAACUAAGGUCCUCAAUCAACUCGAAAUCGACGCCCUGUUGAAUCUUCAAAAACUCUCGUCUUCUCAAUCUUCACACUCUUCUUUAACUGACUCUUGA